GCCAAGCCUCGGUCGGACAGAGACGCUGCAGCUCCGCUACCAGUGACAGGGAAGCCGCAAUAAGAAGGGGAGACAGAAAAAGUGAACCAAGGUGCGGAGGCAAGUUUGAGAAAUCUUUUUCAGGCCGACGGUCUGCGAAUCUGAAGUGUGCGCUCCUUUUGGUCGGAUACAUGACUGAACUCAGACAGACGGUCCUGAAGCUGAACCUACUGCUGUCUGGGAGGCAGGAGGCGUAAAACAAGUUCACAGAGGGAAUUUAACAGCCACAGCCAAACGCUGGCAAGGGUGGCGUGGGCAUGGAAAAGGCUGGAGUGUGGAUAUUUCUGAUAACAGCUUGUGUUAUUCCAGGAAUAAAUGGACAGACUGUGGAAAUGGAUGAUGGGAAAUCGGGAUAUGUUGGCUCAAGGGUGGAUCUCCAGUGCCGGUUCAUCAACAGCUCUCCUCCUGUCAAAAUCUCCCAGGUAACAUGGCAGAAACUGGUGAAUGGCACUAAGCAGAACGUAGCAAUCGCAAAUCCAUCCCUAGGUGUGUCUGUAGCCCCACCCUACAGGGACCGUGUUACCUUCAAAAAUGCAGCAGUGAGGCGACGAACUCCGACUCUCGAAGACACCACCAUCACCUUCUCUUCACUUCGCCUCACUGAUGAGGCUGCCUACAUCUGUGAAUACACAACAUUCCCGGCAGGAAACCGAGAGAACACAGUAAAUCUGACUGUCUAUGUUCGCCCAACAACUCAGAUGAGUCUAUCCACCCCGACACUGGUGGCUCGUUCAUCUAACCUGAAAACUCCAGUGGCUACCUGCAUCUCUGCCAAUGGAAAACCACCUGGUACCAUCAGGUGGGAGACCAGGGUACCUGGAGAAGUGACCACCCGAGAGUAUAAAAACUCAGACGGGACAUUCACGGUUCAGAGCGACUACAUUUUGGUGCCCAGCAAAGAAACACAUAAGGAAACACUCACCUGCGUCACCACCUACAAUGAGGAAGUCUACACAGACAGCGUCACCCUCGAUAUUCAGUAUGAGCCAGAUGUUUUAGUGGAUGGGUUUGAUGGAAACUGGUACCUGAACCGCGAGAAUGUUCAGCUGAGCUGCAUAGCUGAUGCCAACCCCGCCGUCUCUCUGUAUCAGUGGAGAGUGAUUAAUGGCACCAUACCGAACAAUGCUGAGAUCCGAGACAACAUCCUUACCUUUAAAGGGCCAGUCACAUAUGACCUGCAGGGAACCUAUGUGUGUGAUGCAACCAACAGCAUCGGGACACGAUCGGGCUAUAUGGAGGUCAGCAUUAUAGAAAAACCAUUACCACAGAUCGCAACGAGUGAUGUCAUCAGUGUAAUCGCCUUAUUAUUGGCUGCUGGAGUACUUAUGGGCAUUACUAUCACAGUCCUGGUGCUUAAAAUAAGAAGUAGAAAGCAUGACCCCUCCGACUCUCCGUCAGGAAAACUGUCCCAGCCGAUUAGAAAAAGACCAGCAGAUGAUGUCCAGCAUUCAGGACGAUUUUAUGAAGAGCUUCCAAGCACAGCCGACUAUGUGAGCUACAGACUGGCUUGUAACAAAGAGGAUUACCCAGAGCCCUACUCCCCUCCAAUCAACCCUCCUCUUACAUUUCUGCCCCAGCACCCCUACCACUCUACACCUCCAAACCCUGCAACGAGCAUCAGUAGCACCACUACAUCAAGAAACACCUUCUCUCCUCCUUCACACACAACUGCCAUCUUUAAGUACCCCUCUGUACCAGGUCUCUCCUCUCCUCCUCCAGGAGUGGCGGCAUACACUUUUCCCAAAGAGCAGUACGUCUGAAACUACAUUGGUGAAACAACACGGCUCAAACCAGAACAAUUCCUUAGAGAAAAUUUAGGUGGGGGGUGGGGGGGACUAUCAGGCAGUGUCUGCGGACAAGGACAAUAAAGGUUUUGCUAUUGGACUUUGAAUUAAGGCCAGUUUGGAAACAUUUUCUCUCAUUUGUCCUGUUUUAAUAUGCUCUAUCUGAUCACUGAAAAAGGGAAAGGGCUGACCCUUGUUUAAGUUUUAGAUUAGAGGAAGGUCAAGUUAAAGGUGAAUUGACUUUCAUUUGAAAAAUGUAUAUUGCAUGGUUGUAUUAGAUUUGAUUAUAUCAGACUGAAUGGAUGGGAUUAUCUCUUGAUGUGGUUGAUUCCUUUGUCCCGUGUUAUAUCAUUUUAUUUUAAAAAAAGAGGAAAACAAAAAAAAAAUGACAAUUUCCUGCUUGAUCUCUGAUGUCCAUUCUCUUCAUCAUGUGCUGUACAGCAGAUGUUACCUUUUGGUUUUACCUCGUGGUUUAUUGUAAUACUUCUACUGUGCUUGUAUUUUGUAUAAUUUACCUUUUUUUUUUUGCUAUGUAAAAAAAAAAAUGUUUUUAUUUACUAAAGAGACUGUUGAUUUAUGAAAUUGAUGUUUUUAUUUGUGGUAUCUGUGGGUUUUAGCAUUCAUUGACACUGGUUGUUUGAUGA